AUGACAACAAAUACACCAUUUACAGAAGAAGAAAUAAAGCUUAUCUCAGAAAAACUACAGCGAUCUCUUGGACCAGAGUUUUUAACACAGCGACCAGGACCAUCAGGGCGAUUGACUUACAUUGAAGGCAAAACUGCAAUCAAUCUAGCAAAUGAAAUCUUUGGUUUCAAUGGUUGGACUUCAGAAAUAAAGGACACUACCGUCGACUUUGCAGAUGUGCUUGAAAAUGGACGUGUUAACCUUGGUGUAUCAGUGACUGUGAGAGUUAGCCUAAAGGAUGGAACAUUUCAUGAGGACAUUGGCUACGGAUCUGCAGAAAAUAGCAAAAGCAAAGCAAUCGCAUUUGAGAAAGCCAAAAAACAAGCAGUCACAGAUGCCACAAAGCGAACUUUGCGCAACUUUGGCAACGCGUUAGGAAAUUGUAUCUAUGACAAAGUUUAUUUAAGCGGUAUAGCAAGGAUGGCAAACCCUCAAAUCAAAUUUACUCCAGCCAAUCUUUAUCGACACAGUCAAUUCGAUACAUCCAAGAGCGCGUCUACGUCUGAUGCUACUACUACUAACUUUAGCGCGCCUACUACUUCCACUGCAAACGUGCGGCAGUCAAAAAAUAUCACAAAUACCAAACCUGAGAUUGUGGACACAAAUGAUUCAGUUCGAUCAGCCCAUGUACCUGCCACCACAUCCUCUGCACCUCAAUCUAUACCACCUUAUCAGCCUUUGAUACCAGAGGAUGGUUUUUCAUAUGAGGGUGAUGAUAUGUUUGAUCAGGACUUUAAUGAAACAGACUUACAAGCAUUAGAAUGUAGAAUGAAUCUGGAACAUCGUGAAAAUUCAUUUUCAAUCCUUAGAGAGGAAGAAUAUGUACCUACAGAACAGGAGAGAAAUGAUUUGAAUGACAGAAAAAGGUAA